CGGCCACACAACAUGCUAUCGUACAGCGCUGGACGUCGAGACCCGCCACAUCGAUCGAGGCUUCUUGCCCUCGCCGCCAUGGCCGUGCUUGUCGCCGUCCUCGGCUACACGGCGCUAUCGCACGCAGCACUGCGCGCCAACGCCGCUGUCCUGGCGUCAAUCACAACAACGACGCCAGCGCAAGCCUUUCUAGCUCCUAGCCGCCUGCCUCUCAAGUUUGCUGUGGCGCACGUCACGCCGCGCAAGACCCAAGACACACGGAGUACGUGCUGGGCAUUUGCAACGAUUGCGAUUCUCGAGCAUUCGUACCGACAGCAAGGUAUCGCGAACGGAUGGCUCACGCCGCACGAAUACCUCUCGCUGUCCGAGCAAGCGUACGGCGCGAGCGUCCUUCGUCUCUGCACGUCCCGCAAAGACAAGCCCCAAUGCUACAAGACGGCCGUCGACAACACGACCGAAGGCGGCUACAUCGAGGAGCUGUCGCUGCUCCGCACCAACCCCUCGGUGUUUCCAGACGCGCUUUGCCCGUAUAUGCCGGCGCCUGGCAGCAACACGACGUGUCCAAGCCUGCACAACGCGACGAUCACGGUGCGCAACCCGCUGGCAUUCGCACUGCACCGCAUGACCGAGUACUUUGGCCACACCGACAUGAAGAUGGCUUUGCACUCGGCUUUAGCACCGAGCUCGCUCGCAGCCAUCACGCACUAUCUGCCUUGCAUUGGGCACCGAACCUCCGACUCACGCUGUGACGUGCGAUCCAACGAGUGCGUGCUGUGCCCCCCAGGGUACCCGACGGUGUGCUGCCUUACCAUCGAAGGCAAGUCGGACACCAACAUGGACGGCGAGUUCACGUCCCACUACGGCAUGGAGGCCGAGGGUGGCCACGCGAUGCUUCUCGUUGGCUACAACGACGAGUACACGACCAAGGACGGCUACACGGGCGGCUACAUCCUCAAGAACUCGUGGUGGGACGGCGUCGCACGGCCUUUAGGACCUCCAAGCGCGCACGGCAGCCACAGCAUCCGCUAUUUUUUGCAGGAAAUCUCCGAGUUUGAAGAGCGCUUCAACUGCCCCAACAGCGCCAACCCGGCCAACUGGUACCAGUGCCAAGGUCGCGUCGGUGUCAUCCACGCCGACGCCGAUGCGGGUGUCAUUCGCGCGCCAAUCAAUGCGUCGCUUGUCGCUUUUGACGAGUGCUUGAGCGAGGACACGCGCCGUGACGCGGCGUCGUCCUUCUCGCCGCUGCAUUUGAGCUGCACCAACGAUGCGCUCUGCAAGGCGAACGCGACGUAUUUUGUGCGCAACAGCACGGCGGUCGGCGACGGCUUCCAGACGUUCUGCUUCUUCGAGUAUGUCCGCGACGGCAACUCGAGCGACGUGUGUUUGCCGGCGAUGCUCCCGACCGACCUCGCGCACGCAUUUGCGCCCAUCGAAGCGGAGGCGUAUGUCAACAACCCGGACGUGUGCGGCUUUUACUUUUACCCAUACGCCAAGCAGCGCGCGGGCGCGGCCCUCGGCUGGGAAGUGAGCGCCGACGACCUCGACGUGACGUGGGCGCCGCAGUCGUAUGCGGCCAACGCGCACAAGUUUCCGACCCUCGACUACACGCUGGUGCGGCAGUCGACCAAGGUGCAAAAGGCGGCGCCGGUGCUGGGCCCGAUUCCCGUCUACGUUGCGCGCGACGAGCUCUAAGCGGUAGCAAAAGAAUCGCAGACGAAUUUUGAAAUUCGGUGUUUUGGUCGAGCGCAUAAUAUAGUGGUUUGGAGCUAGAGUACAUCCAUUCAAUUUUAAUUUACUGAAUUUAUGGACUCUAGUUAAGGGUUG